AUACAUAUAGUGUAUAACAGUUCUAAGUAUUCCGUAACAAUGUGUACCCACCUGCCAAUGUAGUUAGUGCCAUGAUGGUAAAACUUGACAGAUCUGUAGCCUUGUUAAUGUUCAGGGAGUAUAUUUUCUUGCAGUGAGCAAAGUGGACUAACGGAGCCCUCCCAGUGUCGUAGAUGUGUUCCAGGGUUCUACUGUGCAGAGCCAGGCCUUAAAGCAGUCACUGGAGCCUGUCUGCCAGGUUUCUACUGUUUGGAAGGGUCCCAGAGUGCUGCCCCGAUGUCAGGUGUAUUUGGAGGUGUUUGCAACCCAGGCCACUACUGUGAGAGUGGGACCAGUGUGCCUGCAUCCUGCCCUGCUGGCACCCAUCACAAUAACACCGGAGGGAAGAAGAGUGAUGACUGCAAGCCAUGUCCUGAUGGUUGGUUCCAGGACUUGGAGGGCCAGAGGGAGUGUAAGCCCUGUCCCCCUGGCUCUCACUGCCUGACCACCAACACAACUGGCAGCACCAGUGGCCCCAUCACCCCUCUGCCCUGCCCAGCUGGCUAUGUCUGCCCCAGAGAGAGCUCCUUCAGCCAACCCUACCCCUGCCCCAAAGGCACCUACAGCCCUACUCUGGGUCUCACAUCCCUUGGGGAGUGCUUGGUUUGUCCGGCGGGCCAGUUCUGUGGAUCAGAGGGUCUGGUUGAGCCCACUGGACCCUGUGCUCCUGGAUUCCUCUGUGUUACCAGGGCCACAGUGCCCAACCCCACCGACAACAGGACAGGGUCAACCUGCCCCCCCGGAUCAUACUGCCAACUAGGAUUCAGAGCAGGUGCUUGUGCCCCUGGGUUCUUCUGUGACUGGGGCUCCAGUAGUCCUGAGGAGGCCCUCUGUCCAGCAGGCUACUUCUGUCCAGGAGGAACUAGGACCCCCCUGGCCUGUCCUGCAGGGACACACAGCUCAGUGACAGGCAACAGCCACCAGAACAACUGUACAACAUGUCCUGAUGGCUACUACUGUCAGGGAGAAGGGGUGGUCUAUCCAGUGGUCUGUCCUCUUGGUCACUACUGCCCUCCUGGGUUGGCCGUGGGUGUGAAGUUCCCCUGUCCCCCUGGCACAGUGCAGAGCAAGCCUGGAGCCUCCAGCCUGGACCACUGUCUACCAUGCCCUGCAGGGAUGUUCUGUGCCCUACCUGGGCUUUCCCAGACAACGGGGCCUUGCCAGGCAGGAUACCACUGUCGCCCAGGUGCCAUCACACCCAAUGCUACUGAAUACGAGCAGAAUUCUACCAGUAAUAAUCUGUGCCCCCGUGGCCACUACUGUCCAGCUGGCACUGGCUACCCUCUUCCGUGCCCACCGGGCUCUCUCUCCAGCUCCCUGGGACUGAGGGGCGUAGAGGAGUGCCAGCCUUGCCCCCCUGGGCACUUCUGUGACAAGCCUGCGCUGACCGCGGAUGCCGCCCCGUGUAGCGCUGGGUAUGUGUGUCUAGGGGGUAGCUCCAGUGCCCACCCCUCUGAUGGUCACCAUGGUUACCUGUGCCCCACAGGGCAUCGCUGUCCUGUUGGCACAGCUUCAGCGGUACCCUGUGAGCCUGGCACCUACAGUCCUGCCCCUGGUGCCGCCCACUGCCUCACCUGCCCUAAUGGCACCAUGUGUUCCUCCUCUGCCACCCAAGAGCCCUCUCUCUGCCCUGCUGGUCACUUCUGUCCUGCCCGGUGUGUGUUACCCCUGCCCUGUCCUGUUGGGACCCUCAGUGAACAGACAGGAGCCCCCUCGCCCUCUGCAUGCAGGCCCUGCCCUUCUGGGCUCUACUGCAGCUUGCCCGGCUCCUCACUACCACAAGGCCAGUGCCAGCAGGGCUACUUCUGCCAGCGUGGAGCACAUAGUCCAGCUCCCCAGAGCUCAGCCAUCUUUCCCAGGAACGGGCCCUGUCCUGUGGGCCACUAUUGCCUUUCUGGGACCCUCUCCCCACUGCCGUGUCCUGCAGGCAGCAUCCGAAACCACACCGGUGGGUUAUCCUUAGACAGCUGCUCCCCUUGUCCCCAUGGACACUACUGUUCCAUUGAGGGCCUGGCCUCCCCCAAUGGCCUGUGUGCUGCUGGCUUCUACUGCCCGUUUGACUUCUCCUCCACCACGCCCUAUGCUUUCCUCUGCCCUAAGGGUCACUACUGUCCAGAGGGCUCUCCCCUGGCCCUGCCCUGUCCUACAGGAGAGUACCAGCCCAACCCAGGCUCUGACUCCUGCAUCCCAUGCCGCCCAGGCUUCUACUGUGAGGAGGCCAUUGUUGGAGAGCCCUGGCCUUGCCCCCCUCACUCCUUCUGCCCUGCAGCCACCAUGGUUCCCCAGCCGUGCCCCAACGGUACGUUCACCCCUUCUGACCAGGGGGGGUUACAGGAAGAGCGGGAGUGUCUGCCCUGCCUCCCAGGGAGGUUCUGCAGGGCUGGUAAGAUCAAGGGCCAUUGUGCAGCAGGGUAUCUGUGUAUGUCUGGCAGCUCUGAGUUCACGCCACAGGGGCCUCACUCCAACUGGAGCCAGUGUGAAUGGGGGAUGCAGUGUGCCGGCCCCUGUCCAGCAGGAUUCUACUGCCCAGAAGGUUCAGAGAAGCCUGAAGUCUGCCCUGAUAACACUAUCAGAGUUUUACCUGGAGCAGCCAAUAUCCAUGAUUGUCUGUCUUGUCCACCACAGCACUGGUGCAAAAAAGGUGACCCUGUCCUGCACCUGUGUCCUGCUGGUCACUACUGUGAUGGGGUGGUUGGUAGUGACUACGAGGGAGGGACUGAACCCAGGGAAUGUCCGUUAUUUACCUACAGAUCCACACCCGGGGCAGCCAGCAAGGGGGACUGCCACCCCUGUCCCCCUGGAUUCUACUGUAACUCUACAGGUUUUACAGAUUACUCUGGCUACCCCUGUCUCCCGGGCUACUGGUGCAGUGGCACUGGUCUACCUAUACUAUGCCCUGCGGGUACCAUGAGGCCCCUUCCAGGGGCGGCAGCUGCCAGUCAGUGUGAGCCGUGUGCGGGGGGCACCUACUGCCCAGACCCCAUGUCCACAGGGCAGCCCAACAUUGCUGGAAUCUCCUGUAGAGCCUCGUUCCAGUGUCCCCCUGGUGCGGUCUCAGAGAGGCUGUGCAAGGCUGGCUCUUACUGUGGGCCCCAGACUGCAGAGCCUGAAAUCUGUCCUGAAGGCUACCUCUGUCCAGAGGGAUCUCACACCUACAACACACCAAACCAAGUUUGCGCGUUUCCCUACUACUGUCCUGCCAACAGCUCUGCCAUGCUGUCCUGUGAGGGGGGCUCCGUGCCCCUCAACACCAGUGGCCCCAGAGCCUCCCAGGACAGCAGCUGUGGGCUGUGUGAGGCAGGGACCUACCGACCUCGGCUGUCCCCACAACCUCAGUGCCUCACCUGCCCACCAGGGUACCACUGCCCUCCAGGGACAGAGCACUACCACAGCAACCCCUGUCCCCUGGGCUACGUGUGUCCGCUGGGCUCAUCCAGUCCUGUCCCUUGCCCCCCUGGUUCUUUUGGUAAUCUCUCCAACGCUGAACAUGUGGAGGACUGCUACCCAUGUCCAACUGAUACCUUCAACCAUCUGGCUGCCCAGAGAGCCUGUUUCCCCUGCGGAAGUUCCUCUACUGCACCCCAAGGGGCCUCUUCCUGCACCUGCCUUGGGAAGAACCGUGCUUUCCAGCACUCAGACGGCUCCUGUCUGUGUCGAACCGGCUUCAUUUUCUACAACAAUCUGGAUUUCAAGAUCUCCAGCUCUGACAGUGAACUGGACUGCCAGCCUGAGGUGAACAAGCGCUGCAGUGCAGGACAGGUGCGUCUGGCUGCAUCCAGAGAGUGUGUCUCACCCUCUCACCACUCCUGUAACGUCACCUGUGGACCUCAGGGAGGGAGUCUGGAUGUGGAGAUGGGCAUCUGCCACUGUGAGCGCUACGUAUCAGCAGAGGAGCUGUGCAACACCUCGUGUCUGUCCAGACUGCCCCACAUCUCUGCCAGGCUCUCCCCAGAUGGACAGCUGCUGCUGGGGAUCAAAGAGCCAGAUGAAAGCCGAGUGUGGAGCAGAAAAAUGAUGGAUGUUUUGGGACCAGACGUCCACGUGAAGAACAUUGGAAACAUCCACUUUGUUCAAUUUGAUUCUGAAGGUGUAUUUGGUUGGAUUCUGAUGGACCGAAAUGUUAUUGAAAUGACCCUGACAGCAGAGCCAAUCGAAUUUAUUGACAUGCGAUCAAGGAAGAGGAGGGAUCUAGAAUCCAAGGCAGAACUUCUACACUCCGAUGUCCUCCCUCGUAUCCCCAACCCCAUAGCAUGCCUCUCCUCCAAUGACAUGCUCAUCUUCCAGCUCACCAUCAACUACAAUGACCGUCACCUCAGCCACUUCCCAGUGUACCAGAAAGACCAUCUCUUCAAUAGCAACCCUAGCUGGGACUUUGGGGCCUUCCGGCGGCUAGAGCGACUCAUGAAGCAGACUCAGUUCAACUCUACCAGAUUUGCACACGUGUUCUCGGAGACGGGUAAGUAUGUGUUCCUGGACAACGCCAUUCCAGAGUGGAGUCUAGUGGUGGUGGUCAGUGAGAGAGGGACAGAGUGUGACCCCACUGCAGCCGUUUUCCAGCCCAUGACCCCCGCCCAACUGGUCAAGCACGGGGUCAUCAAACAACACCGGCUCAACCUGCUGCCUGACUGGGGCGCCAUCGUAGGUGUCCUGAGUCUCCUGCUUGUGCUGAUCCUGGUGCUCACCACCACAGCUCUGAUUCUGAAGUCCAGUCGGGCCAAGCUGGUGUGCCAGGGCAAACUGAGGCCUAAGUGGCGGAGCCUGGGAGAGCCCAUCCCCCCAGUGGAAUACGUCUACAGUGGAGAAAGCCUGAAUGGCCAGGGGGUGCUGGGCUGCAGGGGAGUCGGAGAGGGGGCUGAGGCUGAGGAGCCUGCAGUCUGCCGUGGAGGAGGUGACUAA